CAGAAAAGGUUCAAAGUGAAAAAAAAAAUAAUCUAGAAUGUGAAUAUUUCACCCAGUUUUUUUUACCCUAAAAUGAAUCGAUCGGGGGCAGAAAUACGAGCAAGGCCACAACCACAAGUUAUUCAGAAUGUCAGAAUGAGUGAACAACAGUCCAAAAUGAUCCAAGACCGAGUAAGCUUUGUAGAAAAACAUUUUGGACAUUUGUGUGACACAAUGUCAUCAAUAACUAGAAAGUGUGCCAGACUUAGGGAUAAAGGUGACGAGUUAGCAAAGAAUUUAGUGGACUACACUGAGGCAGAGUCAAUGAAUCCCAGUAUUGUUAGAAAUAUUAGUGAAUUUGCUUCAAAUAUAUCUACUAUACAGGAUUAUAGACAGGCAGAAGUGAUGAGGUUAGACACAAAGGUUAUACAGCCCCUUAUGAACUAUGGAAUAAAAUGUAAACAAACAAAAAAUGACUUAAAAUCUGCAUUUGCUGCCCAGGAUCGUGAACAAUCCCAGAAGAAAAAAUUAGAACAAUUAAGACAGAAAAGUCCAGGAGACAGAAAUAAACUAUCUCUUGCUGAAACAGAUUUACAGAAAGCCAGUGUUGAAGCAUCCAGAAUAUCAAAAGCUUUACAAGAACAAAUGGAUAAAUUUGAAAUGGAAAAGUUAAGAGAUAUAAAGAAAAUAAUGAUGGAUUUUGUAAAUAUUGAGAUGACAUUUCAUGCAAAGGCGUUAGAAGUAUAUUCACAGUGCUUUAAUAAUGUUGCUGCAAUAGACAUAGAUGAAGAUAUAGAGGAAUUUAGAGACAAAUUGAUACCUCCUAAUUCAGCAAUCAGGAUGAAUUUAGUUAGAUCUAAUUCUUACAAUUCUCUGAAUUCUAAUACAAAUAAUUCUGGUGGUGGAGUUACCCCUCCUGUUGUUGGUACACCAUCCACACAACCAAGAGGUCUCCAAAGGCAACAAUCUGCCCCAGUGCAACAGCAGACGACACCAACAAAACCACAUGUUCAUGCAUCACCUGCUAGUUUACGGUCACCAUCAAGGUCACAGUCAGCACAAUAUGGGUCCUCAACACACUCAACUCCGUCCAGAAGCAAUUCACUACCAAAUGCUCAACCUAAAAAACUGAUUCCAGUGUCCAAUGGUUUAAGAGGACAGAUUGAAGAUGACGACGACGAUGAAGAUGAUGAUGAUGAUGAUGAUGACGAUGAUGAUGAUGAUGAUGAAGAUGACGAUGAUGACGAUGAUGAUGAAUAUGAUGAUGAAACAACUGAAGCUACAACAGAACGUUCAGAAAAACCUAUACCUGGUGUACGACAAGUUCAACAAUACGAUCCUAAUGCUAAAACUAGAUUUGAUUCUAAAAAAUAAUGAAUGAUUUCAGAAACUAUGUAAUUCUGGUAGGGAUUUAGUUCAAACUAUAGUUAGUUAGUAAAUAAAUGUUACAUAUGAACUCUACAUGGAGUGAUUCAAAAACAAAGCAUUGACAUACACCAUUCUGUUUCUGCAGAGAUUUAGGGUAGGAGUUAUGAUGAAAAGUUCCCCUUUUAUGUUUUAAUACCAAUCACAUAAGAUAAGUUUAUGGUACUAAAAAGUUUAGUUAAGGAUGCAUUGAAAAUGACGACCUCCUUUAAGAGUGAUUUUUGUAGGAGUUGGAGCUAUAUAUUUGUUAUCUCAGCUGCAAUCCUUUUAUAUAUGUUGGGUGCAGUUUAUAUGAAUAUAUUUAAUACUUUCAUACCUUUAUGUUUAUUGGAAUCUUGGUGGUUCAUUAGAUAACAAUCCCAUUAAGGUAGUAAAUGACCAAUACCGGUAUAUAUGUAUAAGGAAGAGCAUUUUUUAUUCUUCAUAGUUUUGAAGAAAAAAAAAUUUGGGGAGGGAGGGGGGGGCUUAAUGAUGAACAAUACAAAUCCCACAUGAGAUCAGCACCAAGUUGGCCGCUAGCCUGGACUUCAGCAGCACUCUUUAAUAGAUAAUAUGGCUUUAAAUGUACAUAUGCUGCAAUAAUCAAUCAGUGGCAUAAACUGUUUGAAGUCUUUCAACAAUUUCUAUCAUGCAUUGCAAUAUGAAUGUUUCACUGCUGGCCCUCGAAUAUCAUAUUUGUCUGAUGUUUAUAUGUUCAAAUUAAAAUCCUCUACUACAAUUACAUAGUUUCUGAAUUAUUCUGUUGUAAUGCUUUGCAUUUACCUCACAAUAGAUUAAGGACAGUAUUAUUUGUUGCCUUGUUGAAUGUAAGUUAUUUAUAAAUUAAGCAUGAUUAAAUUGUUGAUGGUAUGAGCUAUUUUUUCAUGGUAAUAUUUCAGAAUUCAUACAAUGGACAUUUUAUUUUUGGAAUUUUUUCUUAAUUUUAUAUCUUUAUUUUCAUUUAUUUUUAUAAGUAAAUGGGAAAUUCUAAAUACUGGUACUUUCAUUUUUAUAUGAAUGCAUUAAAAAUAAAAUAUUCACUAUUUGUUCAUGUGUAAAUGAAAUUAUUGUCUUUUGUUGAUUCAUUAUCGUUGGAUAUUUUUACACUUAUGGUUACACAGUAAAUAAUCAACACGAUUUGCAUAUGUCAGGCACACAUUCUACACACUUUUUUUGAGUAAGUGCAUUUUACUACACAUGAUAUUAGUAAUUUUUUACUGUGUGUGUUAAUAAAAUUUUCAUGAUAAUUUGCAUGUAUAGAAGAUGUCAUUUUUCUUAUGCAAUUGAGAAAUUAAAAUAUUAUUUUUAUAUAUUUUUCGAUGCAGCUAAGGAAGAAGUAUUACUUUAAAAGUGAAUUUACAGCAUAAACUGUUACAUUCAUGUAUUAACCAAUUUUUCUGCAGAUGUUCAAUUUAUUUUAGAAUUUUUCAGUAGCUUUUUACAUGUAUGAUGUAAUAUUAUCUUUCGGUUGCCAAAGUUAUUGAUCUGCAAUUUUAAAAACCCAAUAUCAAAAAAAAUUCUGAAUAGAAUGAUCAGUUGCAAGAAAUUGUUUUAAUACAUGUAUGAUUUAUGCUGUGAGUUUCAUGUUUUGAUUAGAGCUAUAUCAUUAAACAUACAUGGUACCAGGGAAUGCACUUCAAAAUGGAGUAACCACUUAUAGAGGCAAAUUUAGAUUUACACUUACAUUUUCAUUGUACUUGACACCCACCCUUAGAUGAGAUUUCGAAAUGCGUUUCCUUUGUUCCAUGUAUGUUUAAAUCAUACUUUGCCUAGUACAUGAUAAGUUUCAGGAUAUUAUGUGAGUCCUUUAAGUUUGAAUCAUUAUCAAAACAUGUUCAAUUGGUUAUUUUAUUUCAUCUUUUUGAAUACAUGUACAUGUACAAUGCAUCUAGAUUUUUGAGAAAUAAUUGUAUCAGUGCUUGUUUUUGAGAUAAAAGCAUUAAAGAAAAAUAGAUUUUUUUUGGCAUGAAGGAUGGGCCUUGAUUUGUCAUAUGAAAUGUUUCAGUAGCAAUGAAUGUUAAAAUGUUUCAAAUAAAAAGGGAAAUAACAAGAAGUUCAAAAUAUUUUACUAUAAGUUUGUUUUGGAUAAUAUUUCAUCAAAUUAUGGAGAUUUUAAUGGUUGCUUGGAAAUUUUUUCCAAGAAAAAACACAGAGAGGUUAAAGGAAAAGUAAACAUCCUUAAUCUUGGCCAUGGAGAGUCCUUCACCAAUAAAAUUGUGUGUAUGUCUAGAGAGUUGCAUUAAGCCCAAACAAUUAAACAAACAGUAUUGUUGAAAAUGGUGAAUUGUAAUAAAUGUUUGUUAUAAACAUUUUCAAAAUGCAGUGUCAGGUGUUUUUUUUGUUGAAUUGUUCAGUUAUGUGGUAAUUUUAUGAAUCCGUCCAUAUUGUGCCAUUCGUGAAUAUUUGUAGUUAGAAUUAUUUAUUCCUCAAAUUUUAAAUUUUUCUUGUUAAAGAAAAAAAAAUGUAGGUUGUAUGUAGCGUUUGCACCAAUACUUAUUCUUGUAAAUCAUGAAUAUGCAGUUGAAAUCCAAAUUUCCACAAGCUAGUUUUGUUAAACUGGAUAAACAUAUAUAUUCCUGAGUAUUACUAAAUAUAAAAUACUUUUUUAGAUUUCUUUGAGAGAUUACAUUUAUGUUUAUUAUGGUCUCUAUAUAUGCAGUGAAGGAAUAUAGAUUUACUGUGGGAUGUAUUUUAUCUAGUCAUCUAGUUUUUCAGCCAAAUUUGGGUAACUUUUGGCCAAAAUGUUGAGCUUCAAUGAUGGAUGUAAAGUUUUGCCUUAUAGUCUAUAUCUAGAAUACCUGUUGUUAUUCUACUGUAUCAAUCAAACUUCACGUCUUAGUAGUUUUGUUUGAAAUUUCACACAGUGCUAGGGUAUGUCUUGUAUUUGCAGUGAGUUGCAAGAUUUUGUUCCAUGAUGAAGGCCUCACUCUGACUUUUCUUUCAAGAAAAAAAAAACAAUCAAUGCACAAGCACAUGCAAGAUAUUUGUUCAUGUGCACAUCUGAUCAAUCUCUCUAAAUACUAGUUGUAAGAAGGUUUUUUUCAACAUUUGAACAUUUUUUUUUUUUUGUAAACAAUAUUUAUUAUGUGUCAUUGAUGAUUUUGUUUUAGCUAAUUUAACUGGUAAGUGAUUGGUUUACAUCGUUAUUUGAGUCAUUUUGAUCAUAAGAUAUGUUUAAGACAUUAGUGAGUUAGUUUAGCACUGUUCAGCAACAUGUGGUGCACGAUGUAAUGCACUUUUAGACUUUUGUUAAAUUUUGAAUAGGUCCAUUUCCAAGAAAUGUAUUGUCAUAUAUCAAUUAUAUUUUUUUAUUACAGUUUUCUUAUAUGGUACAAUGCUGUUCAGCUAAAUUUGGAUCACAAUUUACACCAUUUUUCUCAAAGUUUUCUUUUUUGAAGGGACAUUCUUACACAUCCUUGUACUUUGGUCUUUGGUUGUUAGUUGUCUCUAUAGCAAACCUACCACAUCCUUAUUUUAAUGAUAAUAUAAGUUUCAUGUACAAGUUUAAUGAAAAAACACACAAAAAAACAGAUUAUAUGCAUUUAUAUAUAUAUAUUAUCCCAUUAGGCAUUAAUUUCUUGAUAUGAUAACUGGUAUGCAUCUUGUUUUUUUCUUUCAUCUGAUUCAUAAAAUAUAUCUAUUUUUAUAUAUUUUUAUCUAGAUCUGUUAUUUAUCUUAUAUUGUUAACAUAUAAAGUUCACUAAAAUGUACAGCCUUUUUUUUUUUUACAAGUUCUGAAAACCAUAUAAUGUGGAAUCAUUUACAAUCUUGGCUAGCAAAUUUCGUAGAUUGAUGAAAACGUGCAUUUUCGUGGAUAUUUGAUUUUCUGGUUUUGCAAAACAUGCAAAAGUCUGUGUACAAGCUUAAGAAAAAAAUUUAUUAUGUUAAACAUUUAAAUUUGUAGUUCACCUAUACCCGCAAAAUUUGGUAUCCCACAAAAAUAAUGAAUACACAAUACCACCUUUCAUGCAUUGUAGCUUUUUCUUAAACCUGUAAAUUUAAUUACAGUAAAACAUAGUUGACUGAAACAAAAAAUGCAUAAGCAGCGUGUAGUCAUCUUUAAAAUAGCUAUAUGUACUCUAGUUGGUAAAAGAUGAAGUAGUUUAUUAGUGUUACAGAAGAAUCCCUCCAAUCAUAUCUCUCAUACAAAUCACUGAAAAUGAAAAACCUGGUAAUGGUUUAAUUGGCAUCAUGAUUCCAGGAGCCGUCCCUUAAUAAAUAGCCUUUUUUAAAAUCAUCUCAUUUGAAAAACUCCAGGGGAAUAUUGAAAUGAUAGCAAAGGUCCCUGCAGGAAAGAGGAGCAAAUCAAUUGAUCAUCUUGUUAUUUUUUUUUCACAUCUUACAAAUUAAUAAUUACACAUUUUUGCAUUAAGUUGCCGGCAGAAAACUAUAAUGAUAACUUUUUUUUUUACAUUUGAUUUAUUUACAAAAUUUGAUUCUUAAGAGCACAGAUGUAGCCUGAUCAACAUCUUAGCAAAGAAUUUCACACAGUGCUAGGGGAUGUCUUGUAUUUGCAGUGAGUUGCAAGAUUUUGUUCCAUGAUGAAGGCCUCAAGAAAAAAAAGCAAUCAAUGCACAAGCACAUGCAAGAUAUUUGUUCAUGUGCACAUCUGAUCAAUCUCUCUAAAUAGAAGUUGUUUUUCAACAUUUGAAAAUAUUUUUUUUGUAAACAAUAUUUAUUAUGUAUCAUUGAUAUUCUUUCAGCUAAUUUAACUGGUUAGCGAUUGGUUUACAUUGUAAUUUGAGUCAUUUUGAUCAUAAGAAAUGUUUAAGACAUUAGUGAGUUAGAUAUGAAAAA